UUUCAAGCGCUGUUGCUGAAGCCCAGGCUAAAGCACAGGUUGCACUCAACGCUUACUUGGAACAACAACGCAGACAAAUUUUUGAUCCUAAUGAGCAAGCUAAGAAGAAAUCCGACGAGAAAAAGGAUUCUUCACGUCCAGUAAGUAGUACUCCUGUACCCGGAACUCCUUGGUG